GGCAUGUGAUGAGAAGAAGCGGACAGUGGGCGUGGGGCACCGUUUAAAAAAACCCGUAAAAUAAUUAACCUCAAAGUCUCACUGAACAAUCAUAGAAGACAGAAUGAGGUCACUGAUUCUACUGACUUUUUCCCUGCAACUUCUGAAAUCAACAUAUGAGCAAUUUCCUCGGCAAUGUAUAACCAGAGAGGUUCUCGGCUCCAAGGAAUGUUGCCCCGUUUGGGAAGGAGACGGGUCAGCCUGUGGGGCGCGAUCGGGUCGGGGUGUCUGUGGAGAUGUAGUAGUAUCCGAUCAGCCAGAUGGCCUGCAAUACCCUUUUAAGGGUAUAGACGAUAGAGAGAGAUGGCCCACUGUGUUUUUCAAUCGUACCUGCCGAUGCCUCCAAAACUUUAUGGGUCAUAACUGCGGCGAUUGUAGUUUCGGGUACUUCGGAACAAAUUGUGCGGAGAGACGCGAGUCUAUUCGCAAAAAUAUUUUCCACCUGUCAGCAACAGAAAGGCAGAAAUUUAUCUCUUACCUUAAUCUUGCCAAGAAUACAAUGAGCCAAGAUUAUGUGAUGGCUACCGGAACCUACAGUGAAAUGAACAAUGGCACCAUGCCUAUGUUUCUGAAUGUCUCUAUCUACGACCUCUUUGUUUGGAUGCACUUUUACGUUUCCCGACACGCAAUGCUUGGCGGGACUAACAACGUGUGGAGACAGGUGGACUUUGGGCACUGGGCGCCCGCUUUCUUACCAUGGCACAGAGUGUACUUACUACGGUGGGAGCAUGAGAUUAGGAAAUUAACGGGAGACGCCAGUUUCACUAUACCCUACUGGGACUGGAGAGACGCGCAGGACUGUGAGGUGUGCACCGACGAUCUUAUGGGGAGCCAGAGUCGUCUUAAUCCGAACCUCAUCAGUCCAUCAUCCGUGUUCUCCUCUUGGAAGGUGAUUUGCUCCAGAGCACCAGAGUACAGUAUGAGAGGUGUGCUAUGCGACGGCAGGGAGGAAGGGCCUUUAUUACGGAACCCCGGUAAGCACGACCGGAACCUGGCAGUCGGACUGCCUACGGCCGCUAAUGUGGAAUUCGCUCUCAACCUGGCCCAGUACGACACUGGAGACAUGGACAUCACAGCCAACAUGAGCUUCAGGAACACACUGGAAGGUUUUGGAGAUCCUCAAACCGGCCUGGGGAGCGCUGCCAAGCUGGGUAUGCACGCAGCCGUGCACGUCUUCAUGAACGGCUCCAUGUCUUCGGUGCAAGGCUCUGCUAAUGACCCAAUUUUCAUCCUGCACCAUGCCUUUGUAGAUAGUAUCUAUGAGCAAUGGUUGAGAAGGCAUCAACCUGAUAAGUCUCAUUAUCCCACCACCAAUGCGCCGAUCGGACAUAACAGUGAAUACUACAUGGCACCCUUCAUUCCUCUGUACAGGAAUGGGGAUUACUUUCUUUCUAGCAAAGACAUGGGCUAUGAGUACUCCUACCUCCAAGAUCCAGGUCAACAGUUCAUAGACAAUGUGGCGUCAUAUCUGGAGGAGGUGAGAGUGCUCUGGCUGUGGCUUCUGGGGGCAGCUGUACUGGGAGCCCUUUGCACCAGUGUUCUGGCUAUAUGGCUGGCUGCAGUCCGCGCCUGCGUACUACAGCGGACAAGAACGCCGCGGGGCCCCGAAAAGCAGCCCCUCAUAAUAAGUACCGACACCGAAGGCUCUUCCGACUCUUACAGAGCCAUGAUGUCAUGAAUGAUGAUCGGCUUUAGGUGGCGACAACGUCCAUGAAUCUCAUUAGUCAACAUUCACGCAUGCUGCCUGAUUUAGUAUUACUUUGAGAAGCGCAUAAUACGCAGAGAGUCUGCAUGCGAAAGUACUAGGCAGAAUGCGUCCCUGUGAUAUUUUUAUUUCAUUAUUUCAUUUAAGAAUAUAAUGCAGACAUUUAAGUCUAAUGUUUCAUUCAUUUUUGAGACUGUAUUUAGCGGGUUAAUUCAUUCCUCGAAAUGUUUUUUUUUUAUUCAUGUUUCUUCUUAAAUAAAAGUUUGGCUUAAUCCAUCAA